CUCGCAGCUCGGCGCGCUCUCUCUCGAGACACACCCCCGCGGCGCCUCCAAGUCCACCAUGAAGUUGUACGUCGCUAUCUUGUGUGCCGUGGCUUCCAUUGCCUUGGCCCGACCCGAGCCCCCGGUCAACCAGUACUUGCCGUCUGCGGGCAACUACGCCACCACCAGGGAGGACUCCUUCGCCCCGCCCCCAGCUGCGCUGUCCUCCACCUACGGCGCCCCUGCUAGCGCGUACUCCUCCCCUUCCACCACGUACGGCGCCCCUGCUAGCGCGUACUCCUCUCCUUCCUCCACCUACGGCGCCCCUGCUAGCACGUACUCCUCCCCUUCCUCCACCUACGGAGCUCCUGCUAGCGCGUACUCCUCUCCUUCCUCCACCUACGGCGCCCCUGCUAGCGCGUACUCCUCCCCUUCCUCCACCUACGGAGCUCCUGCCGCGGCCUCCAGGUCGACUUCCAGCUUCUCCAGAGGUUCCAGCAAGUCUUUCUCCCGGGCUGGAGGUCUCUCGCGCUCCUAUGGUGCCCCAGCUGUCGCCAGAACCAAUGCCAUCUUCGGCAGUGCUCUAGCGUCCACGUACGGCGCUCCUGCUGCCCAGUAUGCGGCGCCCUCGCCCGUGUACGGAGUCCCUGGAUACGCUAGAUACAACCCUGCUGAAGACGAUCUGUCGGAGCCGGCCAACUACCAGUUCUCGUACCGAGUGCAGGACGCCGAGUCGGGCAGCGAGUUCGGCCACCUGGAGAGCAGGCAGGGGGACGCCGCCUGGGGCUCGUACAACGUGCUGCUGCCCGACGGCCGCAAGCAGAUCGUGGAGUACGAGGCCGACCAGGCGGGCUUCCGCCCCAUGAUCCGCUACGAGGAGCCCCUGGCCGGCUACGGCCGGGGGGCGGGCGGUCCCUACUAGAGCCCUUGCUGCCGAGCUGCGGGCACGGCGAAUAUCGAGCUAGAUAUACAACUACGAAUUCAUGCGACUUUAACUUUCCUUUCUUUUUCCACACAAAAUGUAAAUUCAAAUAAUAUCUUUUUUGGUAUAGAAUUAACAUAAUUAAGAUAUAAAUACAUAAGAAUCUAAACAUAAUUACUUAAAAUAAGUUUGUUAUAUUUUGUUUCUUAGUUUCCUCAUACAUUAUUUAAUAUUUAAUAACGCACAUGCCACAAAACAAUAAUUUCAAAAAUGUAUAAUUUAUAUAAUUUCAGCACUUUCUUUUGCCACACUACAUUAAAAAAUAUAAUAUUUAUUUAUCUGAUAUUCAGAUUUAUUCGUGUUAUGUUCUUAUACAAGUUCUGCGCAGACCGCAAGUUUGUGAUAUGUAAAUGAAUGUGUAUAUUAUAGUUCUACUCUGUAUAGUACUAAAAAUUUAUUUUUUUAUUGUAUUCGUGCAAUAUGUUUUUUAAUAAAAUUUGCAACAAUUA